GGGCGGCUCCACCCUGACUCGGGGCCUCAGUCAGCCCCCGGGGGAGGCCAUGAAUGCCACGGGGACCCCGGUGGCCCCCGAGUCCUGCCAACAGCUGGCGGCCGGCGGGCACAGCCGGCUCAUCGUGAUGCACUACAACCACUCGGGCCGGCUGGCCGGGCGCGGGGGGCCGGAGGACGGUGGCCUUGGGGCCCUGCGGGGGCUGUCGGUGGCCGCCAGCUGCCUGGUGGUGCUGGAGAACUUGCUGGUGCUGGCGGCCAUCACGAGCCACAUGCGGUCGCGACGCUGGGUCUACUAUUGCCUGGUGAACAUCACACUGAGCGACCUGCUCACGGGCGCGGCCUACCUGGCCAACGUGCUGCUGUCGGGGGCCCGCACCUUCCGCCUGGCGCCCGCCCAGUGGUUCCUACGGGAGGGCCUGCUCUUCACCGCCCUGGCCGCCUCCACCUUCAGCCUGCUGUUCACCGCCGGGGAGCGCUUUGCCACCAUGGUGCGGCCGGUGGCCGAGAGUGGGGCCACCAAGACCGGCCGCGUCUACAGCUUCAUCGGCCUCUGCUGGCUGCUGGCCACGUUGCUGGGAAUGCUGCCUUUGCUGGGCUGGAACUGCCUGUGCGCCUUUGACCGCUGCUCCAGCCUUCUGCCCCUCUACUCCAAGCGCUACAUCCUCUUCUGCCUGGUGAUCUUCGCCAGCGUCCUGGCUACCAUCAUGGGCCUCUACGGGGCCAUCUUCCGCCUGGUGCAGGCCAGUGGGCAGAAGGCCCCACGCCCGGCCGCCCGCCGCAAGGCCCGCCGCCUGCUGAAGACGGUGCUGAUGAUCCUGCUGGCCUUCCUGGUGUGCUGGGGUCCGCUCUUUGGGCUGUUGCUGGCCGACGUCUUUGGCUCCAACCUCUGGGCCCAGGAGUACCUGCGGGGCAUGGACUGGAUCCUGGCCCUGGCCGUCCUCAACUCGGCGGUCAACCCCAUCAUCUACUCCUUCCGCAGCAGGGAGGUGUGCAGAGCCGUGCUCGGCUUCCUCUGCUGCGGGUGUCUCCGGUUGGGCAUGCGAGGUCCCGGGGACUGCCUGGCCCGGGCUGUCGAGGCUCACUCUGGAACUUCCACCACCGACAGCUCUCUGAGGCCGAGGGACAGCUUUCGGGGCUCCCGGUCACUCAGCUUUCGGAUGCGGGAGCCCCUGUCCAGCAUCUCCAGCGUGCGGAGCAUCUGAGACUGCAGCCUUGCGUGCGGACGGUGCAGCCACCGGGUACGUGCCAGGCAGGCCCUCCUGGGGUGCAGGAAGCCGUGUACACGGAGCCUUGCUUGGAUGGGGAGCAGAGAACGGGACAGGCCCCCGUGGUCUUCCCGGUGGCCUCUUGGGCCUUCCCGUGG